AGUUCGCACGGGCGCGAAAGAAUUUGGUGUGCAUGCGCACAGACUAAAUGUACCGCUGAAACAUACGUGACGUACGUCAAUACGUCAGGGCUAUCUUGCACGUGCUAGUUGCGCAGAAACUGCUCCAGAUCCCGCGAAUCAGAUCAGAACUUAAAUAGAACUCCAGACUGUUAUGUUACACCCUACAUGUACUAUGUACACAUCUUCAGUGUGUCACUGGUGAGCCGCAUCUGUCUGAAAAUAAAAUAGGACAAAGCCUAGUCUUCAAAAGAGUUGACGUCACACGGUAUUUCGUAUGGCAUGGCAGCUAACAACAUUUCAUCAGCAAAUACCAGUGGCUUUUCUGCUCGUUUGAUGAUUGGCAAGGGAGCCGACACCAUGCCAGGGUCUCUUGGACUGCGAAGCCCAAAGAAAAUGCACAGUAUGGGCAACAUUCUGGAAAUAGAGACUUUGAAGCAGGAGACCAAGAGCUGCUACACCCACUCCAACCCUGGCUCAUCCCAACCCCCUUCCAAGACAUCCAACUGCAAGGACAAACACAGCCUUUGGAAGUCUGUGCAAGACUGCCAUGCCUCACUAACUGUUGCAAACCCUCGACACUUUGAAUUUGCAGUUGCCAAUCUUUGCUUUUUGCUUAAGGCUUAUGGUCGAGAUCUGGACAAUUAUGUUAAAGCUGAUGUAGACAAGAUCUUUCAGACACUACGCAUCCUAGCACUAGACAUUAGCAAGAGACCGACUACAAGGAUCCAGUUGCUGAAAGUGAUAGAACUGAGAGCUAGAAGCUGGGAAAUGGAGAACAGAAUGCCCCAGCAUUUAGACAAGGGUAUCAUUCAAGGGGUGUCUGGAACACAAGCAAGCGUCAGUACAACAGAUAAUACACUAGUUGGACUACCUUCGUUGUCUGGAUAUCCUACCAGUAUUCUUCCAGCUGCCUCUUUCAGGAUGAGCUUACCCAGGUCUUCCACUUAUUUCUUGCAGAAUAGCCUACCAGUUCUCUUCCAGCUGCCUUUUUUUAGGAUAGCUUAUCUGUCCUCUUUAAGUCAUUCAUGGAACAAAGUUGUUCAUGCAAUUGCCAGAAUUCCGGCUUUCUCGUAUUUUUUUUGUGAAUAAAAACACUGGCCUUCCUCAUUUGUGUGCCUGCACAACAACAUUGUUAACAUGGGAAUUUUUAAACCAGUGCGAAAACUUUCAAAAGAUACAGCAUUUUUAAUCUCCGGUGUUCGGUUAUACAUGUAUGUGUUAUUCAAGGAUUUGAUAAAAUCAUAGUGUAGGGCACUGUAUAAGCAGUGUCCUUUGAAAUACAUGUAUAUGGAGAUACAACCUGUGAGGAGCUGACUUUGUCAGUUCCCAUGCAACUUGUGUUGGCCCAAGUGCAUCGUGCAUCAAAUGGUUUUGCGAAGGGUUGCAUGCAACAUGUACAUAACAUGAUGGAAUAACAAGGCAUAGGCAUCAUUUCAUGUAUUACAGUUGGACAUUGCGUUAAGUUUUGAUUUCUAAAUGUGUCAAAACGAGCACCAUGUGUUUAUACGCAUAGCCGGGGUUUCCAAAAUUGGAAAAAGGGAACUGGGCCUUGAGUAGGUAUAGAGGCCGAUUUCAGUCCAGCUUUUCCCCUGGGUACCUAUCUGACCCCCUCGGCCAUCCUUGACUCCCCAAAAAAUUUAAAAAAUUCUCCUUUUGCCACCCCCGUUCCAUUACGCAAAACCAGUCAUAGAGCACAGAUCCUGGCUAGCCGUCUAUGCCACAACGGUGAAAUCUAACCUCGUGGCGCGAGCUAACCAAGAUGUGCAAUGCCAAAAGCAUUUGUUAUAAAAACUGGUCAGUGAGGAGUACAGUCUCGAAACUUGGCCCACGUCUCUGUUUUGUGCUGAAUUAUAUGGUUUGAUCUGAGAAAAAAAAAUUGGCAUCUAGGAAAAAAACGAAAAAAUUUAACAACAUUUAAUAAAAAUCAGAAAUAUGUCAACCCAAAUUUACAUCAUAACCGAUGACCACGAACAUCUCAAUGCCAACAACAGCGAUCCCAAUGUUGUUUACAGACCGUUUGAUUCAAAUCAACUCAUUAUUUCAAAACCCGUGAUAAAAGAAGGUACUAAUGUAUCUCAGGGCUAUUCCCCCAUUUAUUAUAAUCAUGACUGUCAAGAAAAACGUCUGGUGAUUAUGAUGACAGACACGACUUGUUACGGCAUAAAUCCCCUGUAUAAAUACGGCACGUGGGAUAAAACUGCCGAUAAAAUCGUUGGUCAGCAAAUCUGUUAUCAACUACAAAAGCCCAUGAUGCGUAUACUCAAUGAUAUAAAUUUGGCAGCUUACGAGUUCAUUGAAAUGCAAGCUGCUGCAAAGUCGAACAUACCAUCAAUUUCCAUUAAUGCUUAUAAAGCCAGUUGUGAUAUCGAAGAUUUAAACCGGGUAGAAUACAUCGUUAAACCACCUUAUACAAAUGUAUGUUAAAAUAGAUUCUUAUGGUGCUUUAUUUGACCACCCGUUACAUCAUCGAAUAUUGAGAAAUUUACAAAUAAACGAUGUGAUGCCCAAUUGUUUAUUUAUCCCAAAGAAAAUACAGAACUUACGGUUCGCUGUCUUGCAGUACCAGUGUUUGAUAUAAAAUAGCAACAGCCAUGUUGAAAAUUAGAAAUGACGGCAAUAUUUCGAAUAAAGCGGCAUUGCAAGCAUUUAGAGGAUUUGAUGAUAAAGAAUCAGAAUCGGAAUCAGAAUAAAAAAUGCCCGUGAAAUUAAACAUGGAUUAAACUUUUGAAUUAUUUUAAGCCUCAGUUGUCCUUGGGAUAACAGAGAUUAAUUUUAUGUCACUUAAAUAAUAUAAACGUUUUAAAAACAACGAACAAUUAUUUACCAUCAGACGAACGAGAUUUAUUUGUUUUGUUUGGUCAAAAACCAGCGUGUAUUAAAAACCAAAGAAGACACAUGCCCUCACAUUGAUAAAAAAAUAGAAGACGUAUUUGUCAAUUGCCAUGAUUGCUGUAUAAGGUUGUCCCCUUAUUCAGAUUUUGAAGCGGACAACGUAGGCGGUAAAUACAAUCAGCGUUUCGUUUACAAAAAGACAAACAAAAUAUUUAAAGAAUUAGACGUCAAUUUAACUAGCAAACAAGCAGGUCUCAUAGAAAACAGAUUAAAUCAAAUUUUAGCAGGCAAGAUUUCCAGAGGCAAACCGCUGAGGGUGUUGGUGGCAGUCUGCUAUCAAGACGUGACAAAAGAAACUGUAGAUAAAGUAAAAGAACUGUUCAAGAUCUCGGCGAAACAUUACAAUGAUGCCGUCAGUAAAUUUAGUUUAUUAUAAAACAUGCCAAUAAAUCAUAUAGAAACACAUACAUUUUAUUUAUCCACAAAUCCACAGAUGUUUAAAUGGAAAAACGUUAUUGAUAAUACAAAAGGCGACAAAGUCAUAGUUAAAAACAUAUUGUUUGAACAGGGGUAUAGGUUGGAAUAAGACAAACUUGCGUACAUCUAUUGCCCUCAGUUGGAUAGUAACGUCAGUUUUUACAAUGGGCAGUUGUUGGUCGUUGUUGCAAGUGGUAUCGACAAAAAAAUAUUUCUGCAGUGAUUUUGAAACAGUUAGAAAACUAAAAAGCAGAAAUAUCAAUGAAUUUUAUGGCAAGUCCGAGUCAGGAAGGUUUUUGCAAAAUGAAAACAAUGGAUUAAUUAUUGAAUUAAACAUUUUAACCUCGUAAAAUAAAAUGUAUAUUUUAAAAAGAUGACAACAAAACGUCGAGUUGAAUAUGUAUCCAGACUUGAGUGGGUAUCCAAACAGUUCCGAAGCAAUUAAAGUUUACAAAAAGAUCAAACGGCUAGGAUUAACUGCGCUACAUUACGUGGAAUAUGCAACUGAAGCAAUAGGUGCUACUUCAGCCACUCUAGGCAUUCCCGUGCUAUUGGGGGUAGUAACAGCAUCUGUCAGGCUCGUGAUGGAAGGCAUUGCCAUUGGUGCAUUUGGAGCAUACGCUUUAUUGAAGUACUCCAGUCAGAGGUUGUCUCACAAAACCAAACAGCACGAUCACUUAAGAAUGCUUGCAGAUGCCAAGCUAAACACCAUCGACGAGUAUGUCUCACAUGCUAUCGAAGACGGCGACGUGUCCCAAGAAGAAUUUGUUUUGAUUUUGUCCGAACUUAGGAAAUUUAACGAGUUAAAAGAAAAGAUACAGGCAAACACAAUGACUAAAUUUCAAGAAACUAAAACAAUGGACAAAGCUGAAUUUGACCGUCAAGUGCAAGCCAAAGCUGAGACUUUAGCCAAUGAAAGGGCAGCAGUUUUUAAAGAAGACCUUAUGAAAAAACUUGGCGAAUAACGCUGACCAGAUCUGUCCAAUACCAGGAACCGCCUCCUGCCUAUGAAACUGUGAAACCCACCGCGCCUGCUUUUUAGAAUCAAUUUAUUAUAAAACAGAUGGGCACCAACUUUAGUCAGUUAUCAGUAGUUGUUAAUAAAGAUUACUACUUUUCUGUUGUGUUUCCCAAUUUAAACUUGGGGUAUAAGUUACUGAGAGUGAAAACAGAUGAAGCCGUUAACCGUUGGACAACAGAUCCCAUAUCAUUUUGUCAAAACCAAUUUAAUUUCGAUCUAUUGCGCGACAACAGCAUGUGGAGUAGGAUUUGACAUAUCCGAUCCGAACCCAUACGUGUCUGCGCUGUUUAAUUUUCACAUUUACUAUAUGGUAAGAAAAAUAUUUUACAACUGCAUGAUGCCUAUACCGAGUGACAAAAUAUUUGACGCGUUGCAUAAUAAUUAUGACCAUCGGAAAUUUACAGACACCUGCCGAUUGUUUAACAUUGACCAAAAUAAAUCGUUUAAACAUACUAGAGAUACUAUAUCAAACGGGUUAGGAACCGCUUAUUAUUACGACAAUAGCUAUAUACCAGUCCCCAGCAAACACUACGAUGCCCAUUAUUUACAUCUUGCCUCUGGCAAAUAUGCAGGCUCUACUUACAUGUAUAUGGGCUUCGGGUGGGAAGGCUCAGGCCACGCAAGCACGUACACUGUGACAUGGAUUACACAGUCUGAUGUAGUUAAAUUAGCCUGGUGGGAUUUCGUAUCAAAAAAGAGUAAACUUACGGACGUGGGGCUCAAACAAAAACGAGCGUUAUGGCACAAGGCACAGGAUUAGAUGCCCAACAGCAGUUUAUACCUAUCAUGGAAUGUUUGAUAAACUCGGAGCCCGACCUCGAACAGUCAAUUGACCAGUUUUAAGAUUCGUUGCAGUAUGUAAAAAACGCUGUUGAAUUUCGGGCUGGCACCUAGUUUAUAUUUUGGUGCCUUUGGAUAUGGAACAUUUGAAGGAUACAACAACCACCUUCAAAUUGCGACAGCUGGCAUGCAGAUGGGUUAUGUUCCAACUUUAAACUGUAGCGCAGUGCCAGAGACAUCAGAUUUUGAUGAUUCAGAAAGUAAAGAAGUUUUAGAGUCGGAACCUACUCCAAAUAUAAAGCCCAAUACCACCUCAAGAAACCGUUAGACUUUCACAAUGAAGUGAAAUUGUCGUUAACUGUUGGGACGAUUGCCGUUGCUGGACUUACCGUUAUGUUGUACAAGGUACUAACUUAGACUAAAAAAUGAAAGGCAUAAAAAACCUCAUUUCAAAAUUGAGAAAAGGUUAAUUUUUUUGCCCACUUACAUCUUUAGCACGUAAGUCAGAAUCAAAACACCUACGCCUACAAACAACGUCCAAACGUUACUAGCGAUCCAACCGACUGCCUUGCUUGCCACGUGAAAUAUCCAACUUAGUAUACUAUCAAUGAUGCCGCAUAAUGCCCCAAGCGCUUUCAGGCCUAAUUUCUUCAAUAUGUUUGCUAAAUGUUGCAGUUGUCAUUUGAUCCUAUUGGUUACACCGCCUUUAAAUGGAGGUUCUGGUUCCGGUGCUUGAGCUUUCACCUAAGGUUGCGUGGGUGCUUUUACUUCGGAGGGUUUCUUCUUUAAAUACAAUGCUAGUGCUAUUUCUCUGACCACUAGUCCGCCAAAAAUUAAAUUUCUGGUUUUUUCAAUAAAUUGAUAGAUCUCACUUUCAGAUUUUGUUUUGGGUUCUGGCCCACCGACUUUCAAUCGGGGCAAUUGCUGUUUCAUCUUAUUAUGUUCCGCCAAUCGUUGACCCUGUGCUACUCGAUUGGGAUUUUGAAUCUUUGUCACCAUUUGGAUUUGACUCUUCACAGGGCUCGGUGCUGGCGUUGAGGGUGGUUGUUUUUCUGUUGACAUCUUCUUUUACAACAGUAGGACUUUCAUAAAUAGCCAACUGUUUCAUUGUUAUAGAGGUAACUACCAGUAGUGAUAUUGUGGCAAAACAGGGUAGCUGCGCAGACUUGUGUUUAGUCUGGGUCAUUAAUAAUUCAGGCGCGUCUAAUUCAUGCAUUAAACAUGCGCGCAGCAACCAAUCAGAGGCGUGCGUUACCUUAGGUCAGGGCGCUGGCUGCGUGGGUUGCCGGGACUUCUCAAGAUGGCAGCGUGCUAACCAGAGCUCUGUGGAG